AUGUCACUGCCGGCUCCCCAAGGUGUCUCCUCCUCGACCUUCAAUCCUCCUCCACUGGAUGGAUCGCUUACACCCCCCGAAUUAUUCGACUACAAUGGAUGCCACAGCGCUAAGCACAGUUUGUUUCGAUACGACGACUCGGACGAUGGCAAAUUUCGCAGUAUCACCUGGGAGGAAGGCAUUGCCGCAUUUCAUGUGGCCGGACAUUAUUUCAGGGAGCACAUCAACGAUGAAUCUCCAGCUAUUGUAGGCAUCCUGGUCAAUACUGACUCUAUCACCUACUUUACGGUGCUCGUUGGCCUAAUGCGCCUCGGCAAGAUCCCCUUCCCCAUUUCCACCCGUAAUUCUGUUGCUGCCAUUAUUCAUCUGAUGAAGUCAACGAAUUCCAAGUAUCUUGUCGUCAGUGGAGAUGCUACGCUGCAGAAGCUUGCCGAUAUUGUCUACCGUCAUUUCAGGGAAAGUGUGGCUGACGAAGGGAUCAUCACGAUACCGAUGCCAUGCUUCGCCGAUCUGUAUUCCUCCAAAGCACGCUCAUACCAACCCCUCGCACCGAUCCGGCCUGAAUGGUCGCAGACGGCCAUCGUCCUCCAUUCGUCGGAUUACGGGGAAAUCGACUUGUGCGGAGAAGUAGUCGGAGCUCAGGCGGUCCCAAUGUAUCACACAAUGGGGUUUUCGUCUAUCUUACUCUCCGUCGGAACCGGAGCCAUCAUUGCCUGCUUCCCCCCUAUAGAACCGCCCAUGGUACCGACCGCCGAACGGCUUCUUUCAAGCGUGAUCAACACCAGAAGCACCAUAAUUUUUAGUGUUCCUUCUUUUCUGGAGAACUGGGCGCGGGAUUCUCGGGCUAUCGAAGCUCUCAAAUCGACGACUGCGAUUACGUUCGCUGGCGGUCCACUUGAGAAGACUGCUGGUGACACUCUUGCUGCAAAUGGGAUUUUCAUAGUAUCCGUUUUUGGACUCACUGAAUCCGCUGUAUCCAUGGUACUGCCCAAGAGCAUCCCAGCUGAAGGGUGCGAGUGGAUGAGGAUGCCGAGUAAUAUCGAUGUCGCCUUUGUUCCGACAGAUGAAGAGGGCAUCUAUCAUCUGUACGAAAAUGGACUGAAUUCUCCUUCGGUCCUCGAUACUGAAAUUGACGGAGUGAAGGCUUUCGAUACGAAGGAUCUGGUGCAGCUGCAUCCUUUGAAUCGAAAUCUUUUCAAGAUUCCAGAUGACCAGAUAAUACACAAUACAGGGGAGAAGACCAAUCCUGUACCAAUUGAGGCAUGUCUAGUUGCGGACAGACGUAUCGCGGCAGCCGUCAUGUUUGGUCGAUCGAAAUUUCAACCAGGCGUCCUUAUUCAGCCUACGCCAUACGAAGCCUUUGACUCGAGCGAUGUCAUACGAUUGGCAGAGUAUCGGACAAAAAUAUGGGCCACCAUUAACAAGGCGAAUGAACAAGCUCCCCAACAUUCCCGGAUAUACAAGGAGAUGAUCCUCAUUGCGAAACCGACAAAGCCAUUUGAGUUCACUGCGAAGGGGACCCCACGACGAAGCGCCAUCCUGAAAACUUACAAGGAAGAAAUCGAAGCUUUGUACAAGACUCUUGACCAUCUAUUUCCCGCUGAUGUGGUAAUCCCUCAGGUCUGGUCACUGAAGAAUAUCACAACCAUGAUUAGAGAUAUCGUUCGGGCUGUUUUUGAACGAGAUGUCAAUGACACCGAUGAUAUCUUUGUAGCAGGAGGCGACAGUUUAACAGCAAUGGCCAUCCGAAACUCUAUCCUUCGUGCGCUUCGCGAGUCUGACGCAGUCUCUGUGAAAGCUGUCAGAGCUCUCCCGCAUAAUUUUGUGUUCGACUCACCCUCCGUCGCGGAACUGAGCACUUUCAUUUAUGGGUUCGUGCUCGAUACUCAAGCCACAACGACUCCUCAAGAUACUAGCAAUGGACUCAGCACUGUUCCUUCAGACAAGCCUCGGCAUGAACAAUCAUUUACCGAUCAAAGUCAGAGUGUAAUGAAGCUACGAGACGGCAACGGUGAAUCGCCUUUGAUCAUUAUUCCUGGUGCCGAUGGAUCUUUCUUCGAAUACGUGACCUACGCAGACACUUUCCGAACGGCAGUUUGGACACUGGCCUUCACACCGGAUACACCCUUGACCUCUCUGCACGACAUGGCGUUCUUCUAUUUCUCCAAAAUCAAAGCCGACAGACCCACUGGCCCCUACCGUUUUGCGUCCUACUCGUCGACUAGCGUUUUGCUCAUCGUCCUCCUGAAGCUCUUCGAGGACAACGGUGACGAGAUUGCGCAAGCUGUUAUGCUGGACCACUUCCCAGCUAUGUUAGUGUACGCCGCUAAUAAACACGGAAAUCCUGAUCCCGGGGUGCCAGAGAAUGUUGAGAUGAUGCUUGAUGCGAGUAUGGUUUCUAUCAAGGCAAUGAUGGACCGAGACUCGCAUCGCAAGCAGCGGCUUUGGGAUACUGUCGGUACCAAUGACCUAGAUAUGGUAUGCCGGUCAAUCCGCAACAUCCGGGCAUAUCUCACUGCGGCUGCCGAGUUUGUGUAUAAAUUGUCGACAGACAAAGAAGGAGUGUCGUCCAUUGAGCUGAUGGCACAGUGGCUGAGGACAGUGAAAGCGCCUGUGACGGUAGUCGUGGCGGCCAAGGGUGCUGCUUAUGGGACCGAGUGGCCGGACAUGGGCACGAGGCAGUGCCUCCCGGACGCGCGGGUUGUGGUUGUCCCAGGAGGCCACUACGAGUUUCUGAGAGACGAGGUCAUCGUGGAGCUGCUGCAGGAGGGCUAUUGA